AAACCAACAUUCAUCUCAUAAACUGUAUAUAUACACAUUACAUCAUCUACUUAUGCUACAAACUUAUCCACUUUUACAUACACUAUUAUCCAACUUAAACUUACAAAAUAAACAUCCAUCAAAUUUUACUCUGAUAAAAAUAUGGCAGGUCGUCAAACUGAACGACACACAGGAAACACUGGCCAAGGUGGUGGCUUGGGAGCUCCGGGAACUACAGGCGCAUAUGGUGCACGUGAUCCAUUAGGAGCACCUGGCUCUACCGGAGCAUCCAGGACUACUGCUGGUGCUCCUGGCUACGAUCCUACUGGAUACGGUAAUGAAUACGGCUCCGAGGACAUGGGGCAGCAGCAGCAGCUACGUCGCCCUGCUGCUGAUGAUGUGGGCACUGGCACUGGCACAGGUUACACUUACGGGACUGCAGGCAGCAUGGGACCUACUGCUACAGGGUACCAUGCUGGAGUCCAUGUCCCCCACACCACCGGUUUAUCUGGCACGUACGGUACCAGUGGUGGUUUCGACACAGGUGGUUUCGGAAAGAGUGGUGGUGGUGUCGGCGAAGGCUUUGAUACCGGUAUGGGUGAGCGGACUCAUGGAAUGGGAAGAGAGAGAGGUGGAGGUGGAAAUCCUGUGAUGCAAAGCGAAACAGUGGUAAUUGAAAGUGUUGGAGGUCUGGAAGGUCAGGAUAUAGGAGAUCAGAUGGAUGAGUGGGCCCAAAGUAUCGGUGCCGGUGAAAGAGGAAGGAAUCACGGUGGCAACGACACCGGAGGAGAUAAACAAAGAGCAGGGCAACGCCGAGGAUGAUAAAAUAAGGAAACAAUAAUGUGUUUAUCAUCAGUAAUAUCAGCAAUAGAUUUGGUUUCUGCUUUUUUUUAGUCUUUCAAAUUUACAAGUGAACAAUAAACAGUGUGAGCAGUACGAAGCCUCUUUUUUUGUUGCAAGGCUUAUACAUUUAGGAGUGGGAUUAAAUGUGGGUGUGUGGUUUGGUCCUUUGUUUUUAGGAAAUUAGUUUUCUUUAUGUUGUAAACUUUUUCUACGAUAAUGUAUGGUUUCUAAUUUUCUAUUAUAUUUUGAGGUGUAAAAUUCUGUUUAUGAUAUGAGUGAUAAAAGUGAUUAGUUACUCAUAUUGUUGUUAAAUGUCAAGAACAAGUGUUUUCAAA